AUGUCAGAACCGGCCUCACAGCAGGAGCGGCUCCAGGCGAUUGCAGAAAAGAGGAAAAGACAGACAGAAAUUGAGAAUAAGAAAAGACAACUCGAGGAUGACCGACGGCAGCUUCAGCACCUCAAGUCAAAGGCACUGAGGGAAAGAUGGCUGAUGGAAGGUGCGCCCUCUGCAGGACCGGAGGAAGACGGGACCAUGAAACAGCUGCGGGAAGAUGAGGCCAAAACCAGAGAUCUUGAGGACACCAUUCUCAGACUGGAGAGAGAGCUGGAGGAGCUAGAGACCGUUGUGUCUGCAACAUCCACCAAAGAGAACCUGUCAGACGCAGUACAGGAAGUCAACAUCAAGACAGUCGAAAAAACGAUUGUGAUGGACUCUAUGACAGACUCUGUAACAGAGGUCAAGGUUCACGUCAGCCCUCGUCUGGAGAAAUCUGGAGGUGUCUCUGACAUGAUGAGAGCAGCGAUGUACUCCGUAGAGAUCACAGUUGAGAAGGACCUGGUGACUGGCGAGACUAAAGUCCUGUCCACUAACACACUGCUCCCCAAAGACCUCUUGCAGCAGGGUGUCAAGGUCUAUGAGGAUGAACAGAAAGUGGUGCAUGAGGUGCGCAGUGUGGAUGGUGCAGUAACCAAUGGUGUUCACCAGCUCAGCUCUUCAGAGGUGGAAGAGCUCCUCCACAAGGCUGAUGAGGUGACCAUGAGUGAGAGCAGCAAGACUACACCGCGACUGGAGCGAGGGCAGGCCAAGAAGGUGGAGAAGGUAGAGAAAGACGUAGUCCCAGCCACAGCCCCCAUAAAGGAGAUCACGGGUGUAGAAGCCAAACCUGGAGUCCCUCAGACAGAAGUGGGCGGAGCCAGUGUGGAGAACCCGGUCACAAUGGUUUUCAUGGGCUACCAGAGCGUUGAGGACGAGGAUGAAACAAAGAAGGUUUUGGGGCUGGAGAGCACGACUGUGAAGGCUGAAGUGGUGCUCAUCGAGGAUGGAAAUGCCAAGGCCGCCACCGGUGAUGCCCAGCAGGAACAGGCGCCCCCUAACGGCAGCUCAGCAGAGCCACCAAAGGCUGAAGAGGCGGCAGGCGAGUCGGGGCAGCCAGAAGGGGGCACUGCGGAGGUCAAGAGCAAAGAGAAACAACCCUGCAAGUGCUGCACCAUCAUGUGAGCCCAAACACAGACUUUACUGAUGAAAUGCAACACCAUACAGAGAGAACAACAGCAAGGCUGAGAGGAUUAAACGUUAUAUCUUUUGAUAAAAGUGGUUGUUUCUUUAAUUGAUUUUUGCCUGUUUUACAUUUUGUAUAUUACUUUUUUUCUCCCUUGAUCCUCUCUAACCUCAUUUAAAUUUUAUGUUUUGUUCUUUCUUUUUUUGUGGCUGGAAUGAAUUGUGUCAUAUGCGCUCCUGUGAGAGAAGUAUAAAGAUUUGACCCUUUAACU